AAGUAUGUCUUCAGCAUCGAAAUAUUCACCAGUUCGUUCUUAGACUUCAUCUCGUGAACAUCCACCACAAAACAUACAACAUGUUCAAGGUUCUCGCCCUUAUUGCCUGUCUGGCCAUCGUUGCCUCGGCCCAGUACCAUGGAGCUCACUACGAGCAUAAGGAACACUAUGCGCACCCGAAGUACAAGUUCGAGUAUGGCGUCAAGGAUCCCCAUACUGGUGACCAUAAGACCCAGUGGGAAGUACGUGAUGGCGAUGUCGUCAAGGGAGCCUACACCCUGCACGAGGCCGAUGGAACCGAGCGUGUGGUCGAGUACAAGUCGGACGGUCACAACGGAUUCGAAGCCAAUGUCAAGAAUGUAGGACAUGCUCAUCACCCGCAGGUCUACGGUGGACACUCUUCUCACGGACAGUACGGUCAUGGUCCUGGAGCCAGUUAUACCAAUGUGGAUAAGCAUUACUAAAACAAUACAGCCGAUGAGCGUUCUAGGUUUUUCAUGCUGUUGUGCAGGAGAAUAAACUGUCAAUGAACUUCAAAUUGUUUUUUAUAGUAUACCGAGUAUAGUAUAAAGUGUUCAUCGAAAAUAUAGUUCCACAAUGUUUGAAAAAGAUAAGUGAUAAGCAUG